AUGGUCGCAGGUUUAUACAUAAGCACAAUGAAGAAGAAUGACAGCAAGUCUACUACGAGUAUUGACGAGCAAGAUGACAUCUGUGUCCCAGGCUCCAAGGAUCCAGGAGAGCUUCAAAAUAUGUUGGAUGAAGGAGAGUAUGCCCCUUUUGUAUCUCCUCCCAUAUUAGAGAGCAGUUUUAUCCAGGUCAACAGGAGGGGUGAAUCCAUUUACCUUCAUAACCGAGCCAACUGGGUGACUGUAGGCAUCUGCUCUUCCAGUCCCACCCUCAAGACCCCCAACGUGAUGCUGUUGGCACAUCUGACACCCGCCGCCCAGAAAGAUUCAGAACCCCUUUUUAAAAGUCUUCUGACAUCUCCUUCUCCGGAGAAUCUGGUGCUCACCAGGUUUCUCCCUCUGCAGUUUGUGACUCUUUCUGUGCAUGAUGCUGAGAAUAUGCGCAUCAAAGUAAAGCUGGUGAGUGGCCGAGCCUACUACCUACAGCUCUGUGCCCCUGCAUGCAAACAAGACACCCUAUUCCGUCAGUGGGUGGAACUCAUCUCCCUCUUGAAUGAGGAGAAAGCCAAAGCUUCCAAAGUGUCAGAAGUCUUCAGCCUCUCAGAAAUCAAAAACAGCACAGACAUCACAGGGUCAGUGGACAUCACGGAUAUUGCAGCCUUCACAGCUGUACAGACCCCACACCUGUACACAUGUUCAGACCUCAUCAAUGGCAUAGAAAGCAUUGAUUUCUCAGAAUUCACGGACAUCACCGAUGUCACCGAUGUCACAGAUACUCCAGAAAAUGAGGUCACCGAGGCCCCAGAUAUAAGGAUUGUCACAGAAGUCACAGAAGUCACGGACAUCUGCAAUGUCACAGUGGUGUUUGAAAAUGAUGACAUACUCAGGGCCAAGCGGGAGGAAAAGGAAAAAAUGGAAAAUAUUCUGAAGGCUGGUUGUCUACAAUAUACAAAAAUUAAGAAUGAGUUUAGAGAAUCCUCAAAACAUGUCACCAUCUCAAACCUAAUGCUAACUUUCGAAGGUGAAAGAUGUUUUCAAACUACCUUGACUCCAGAAGAAGGUGAGACAAAUAAAUCCAAAGAGAUGAGCGAUAGGCCCUCUGAAAUAAGGCCAACAGACUCUAAAAGCACGGCUCUCAAGGCUGAAGAAUCCAGGAGCAGGAGAACUGAUUCAGACACUUCAGUGAUCUCUCUUCCACCUUGUCCCAGUAUUUUCUGGCUCUCUCCUCUCCUGUCAAAUCCUCUUCUAAUUUCCUCAGUCUUGUGCCUCAUCUGUCCUCCCUUUCUCAGGGGAAUACAUGUGAAGAAAGGAAAGUAA